AACAAAGAGAGAGAGGUACUCUAGAGAGAGAUUAAAUAAUCUGACAGUCAGACAGUGAGUGACAGUGUGUAGUGGAGAGUGGUUCCUUCCUGCCUGCCUGACAGAGCUACAGUGUGUGAAGCCUCAGUCUCUCUCUCUGCUCUGAUAAACUAUUAGGUUAUUGAGAGAAGUAAUGCAGGUGCUGUAGAGGAGAGAAGAGACAAGACUCCUGUGACUACAGCACAGGGAGGAUGCUCUGAGGACCAGACUGAGGAGUGCUCUUAGGAUUCAGGGAUUCACACUGCAGAGUGCAGACAGAGGUCUGCUGUACGUACCUGAGAUACCGCAGUUAACCGCUGCACCUUAUAACACAUUCAGCAUGGAUGAACUGUGUACAUACACAGAUAGUAUGGACAAAAACUCUCUAAAGUACCCAAAGACUGAGCAGACAGAGAAAAUGUGGAUGCGACUCAAGGGAAUGCAGAAGUACAAAAACACAUCUCAAAGAUUGAGAUGCCUGGUGAAGCAGCUGGACAAGGGAGAAGUGAACGUGGUGGACCUGAGGAAGAAUAUAGAGUAUGCAGCCUCUGUUCUAGAGGCAGUCUAUAUCGAUGAAACCAGGCGUCUUCUAGACACUGAGGAUGAGCUCAGUGACAUCCAGGCGGACUCUGUGCCCAUGGAGGUGCGUGAUUGGCUGGCCUCAACCUUCACCAGGAAGAUGGGCGUGGUCAGGAGACGACCCGAGGAGAAACCACGGUUCAGGAGCAUUGUCCAUGCCGUGCAGGCUGGCAUCUUCGUCGAGAGGAUGUACAGACGGACGUCUAACAUGGCUGGGCUGACGUACCCUCCAGCUGCCAUCGCUGUUUUGAAGGAUGUAGAUAAAUGGUCCUUUGAUGUGUUUGCACUCCACGAGGCCAGCAGUGAACACGCAUUGAAGUUCCUGGUGUACGAACUGCUCACCCGCUAUGAUCUGAUCAACCGCUUCAGGAUUCCAGUUUCAUCUCUGGUGACCUUCGUAGAGGCUCUAGAGGUGGGCUACAGUAAACACAGAAACCCCUACCACAACCUCAUCCACGCUGCUGACGUCACACAGACAGCACACUAUCUGAUGCUCCACACUGGCAUUAUGCACUGGCUCACUGAACUGGACAUUCUAGCCAUGGUGUUUGCUGCAGCUAUCCAUGACUUUGAACACACUGGGACAACCAACAACUUUCACAUUCAGACCAGGUCAGAGGUGGCCAUCCUGUACAAUGACCGGUCAGUCCUGGAGAACCACCAUGUCAGUGCUGCCUACAGACUUAUGCAAGAAGAUGAGAUGAACAUACUGGUCAACCUGUCAAAAGAUGACUGGCGAGAACUGCGGACUCUGGUGAUUGAGAUGGUGAUGAGUACAGACAUGUCCUGCCAUUUCCAGCAGAUCAAAACCAUGAGGAACGCCCUGCAGCAGCCCGAGGGAGUAGACAAGGCUAAAGCCCUAUCUCUGAUGCUGCAUGCAGCUGACAUCAGCCACCCAGCCAAGGCCUGGAAGCUGCACUACCGAUGGACACAGGCCCUGAUGGAGGAGUUCUUCAGACAGGGCGAUAAGGAGGUUGAGUUAGGGCUGCCAUUCUCCCCUCUGUGUGAUCGUAAAGCUACCAUGAUUGCCCAGUCACAAAUAGGGUUCAUUGACUUCAUAGUAGAACCCACAUUCUCUGUGUUGGUGGACACGACAGAGAAGAUCAUUACACCUCUCAUAGAGGAUACCUUAAAGUUACACGACACUGGUGUCCGCAGGUCAAGUUUGACAGGUAGUGGGUCAGUGACUGUGGUGGAGUCAGUCCAGAGACACAGUGGUCGAGGGUCCAGCCAGGGGGUUGACCAGGGGCUCACUACUGACUAUAGCCUGGCAGGCAUUGACCUGAAACGGGUCAGACACACACUGGCAGAGGUCAUCCAACACAACAAAGACAGAUGGAAGGAGCUCUCUGUACAAGAGUUGGCGAGGAAAGAGCAAGCUGAGUUGACUUCUGACCCAGAGGAGGAGUCCUUGAUGAACACAGAGGUUACGUUGACUCACACCAGCCCUGAGAGACACAGCCAGGAGCUUAAAUCAGAGCCCUUCAUUGAACUGAUGAACAACACAAACUCCAAUAACUCUUCCCAGGAGGACUCAGAGCUGGACCACAGGCCUCGCAGGCCUCUUUCACCGUCUGAGGAUAAAGAGACAACAUCACAUGGUUCCAUCUCUCCUGAACACCUACCAUGGAACGGAGAAGGCCCUGAGCCAGUCCUUGAGCAUGGGGAGGAGUCUCUUCAGAGCCCUUGAUUUUGAUAGGCUACCCAACAACACUGCCACUUCCUGAUUCAACAGGCAUUAUAUUUGUUGUUUUUUUAAUUGUAAAUUUGUUCUGAUCCAUUUUAUUGUUAUUUAUUAAAGAUAGGGGUCUUCAUGCUCCACUUUUCACCGGAA